AUGUCGCUGAUCUCUCAUGAUCAACCUCAAGACGCCGUCUCCAAAAACGACGUCGUCGAGGACAAAGACACAAACAUGGAGCGCCACAAGAAGGCCGUCACUUCCAUCGCCUCGGCCGUCCGCGGCUUCUUCGAGCGCAAAGAGCCUUACCGCAUCUUUCACGGCAGCACGAACAGCACACGGCCCCAAAACACAGGCAAGCCCGUUGUCGAUAUCAGCGCCCUUCGCAAUGUCCUCCAGGUCGACAAGGCGACUCGCACAGCUCUUGUGGAGCCUAAUGUGCCCAUGGAUAAGCUUGUUGAGAGUACGCUGAAGCACGGUCUUGUGCCACCUGUUGUUAUGGAGUUUCCUGGUAUUACGGCUGGAGGAGGUUUUGCGGGUACAGCGGGCGAAAGUUCCUCGUUCAAGCAUGGAUUCUUUAACGAUACGGUCAAUUGGGCGGAGAUGAUCCUUGGAAACGGAGAGGUUGUCAAGGCGUCGCGGGAGGAGAAUGCUGAUCUGUUCCGUGGUGCUGCUGGAGCUGUUGGAUCUUUGGGCAUGACGACGCUUCUCGAGCUUCAGCUGCAGGAAGCUAAGAAGUUCGUCAAGACGACCUACCACCGAACCAGCAGCGUCGCCGAAGCUGUUGCCCGUAUUCGCGCCGAAACCGAGAAUCCUUCCAACGACUACGUCGACGGUAUCCUUUUCUCCAAGGAUCAUGGUGUCGUCGUUACUGGUACCCUGACUGAUGAUAAACCUGCCGAUAUCAAGCCCCAGACCUUUAGUGGUGCUUGGGAUCCUUGGUACUACCUCCACGUCCAAGAUCGCACUCGUAAUGUCCCUUCUGCUGGUCCCACUGUCACCGCCGAAUCUGCCUCGUCUUCUCCUGUCGAUUACAUCCCUCUCGCUGAGUACUUCUUCCGUUAUGACCGGGGUGGUUUCUGGGUUGGAGCAGCUGCAUUCACCUAUUUCAAGGGCGUUCCGUUCACCAAGUUCUUCCGCUGGUUCCUCGACGAUUUUCUGCACACACGCAUGUUGUACCGCGCUCUCCAUGGCAGCGGUGAAUCUGCACGUUUCAUUGUCCAGGAUCUUGGUCUUCCUUACAAGACUGCCGAGACCUUCGUUGACUACACUGCUGAGAACCUCAACAUCUGGCCCCUCUGGCUUUGCCCCUUGAAGCAGACUGCUCCCCCAACCUUCCACCCUCACACCGGCGAGACAAUCACUGCUGCUGACGGUACUGUGACCACCCCUCCAUCCCUGAACAUUGGUCUUUGGGGUUGGGGUCCCGCCGACCCAGAGGAAUUCGUUGCUAAGAACCGUGCUCUCGAGGACAAGCUCGUUGAGCUCGGUGGUCUCAAGUGGCUCUACGCGCACACCUACUACAAUGAAGAGGAGUUCUGGAAGCUGUACGGACGAGAAUGGUAUGAUGAUCUACGAAAGAAGUACCACGCCGAGACACUGCCCACUGUUCACGACAAGGUCAAGGUCGACGUUGAGGCGCGAAAGGAAGAACGCCAGAAGUGGAAGCGCUCUCUCAAGAGCAAGCCCCCACUGGGUGGCCUUUACGGCAUCUGGAAGGGCAUCCAGAGCAAGGACUACAUGCUCCACCGACAUGCCGAGUGGAAGUACAAGGAGGAAAAAUAG